AGAGAAGAGGGGAAAGAUAGGAUGGAGAGGUGAGGAGAGGAGGGGAAGACAAAGUGCAGAAAGUACUGUGGAAAGUACAACUAGACAGACAGACGACAGACAUCGACGAUUGACGACAUCGAGUCGUUCUCGACUGGAAUUUAUCGGAAACGUCACUAGUUUCGAAAUUGCGCCUUCGUAGAUUCUCCUUCCGUGAAAUCUCUGCUCUAUUGCCACGUAUAUCUCGCCUCCUCCUAGAAUUCCUUUGCGUGUCCGGUAUGUGCUAAGUGAGUCACACGCAGGGUGUAAUGUUACGUUAAAACAAAAACAAUCUCGCUACUGUUAAUUGCGAAGAUAAGUUGUGGUCGCGACUGCGGCAUUCUCCGUUAGUCUCUUGGCCGCUCCUCACACGCUCGACGAGAAAAAAAAACGAAUGAGGAAGCGGGGGCGGAAGUGCUCGUAUCGCGAAUCGGAUAAUUUAUGAACGCGCCGCGCAAUGUGUGUGCACGUACGUACGUGCACAUAUAUACGCGAUAGCGUACGCGACGGCGAUGGCAAAAAUGUUGGUGAAGACUGCGACGCGUUGAUAUAGGCGACACGACGUGGGAGAGUGGGACACGCGUUUUAUGUACCGUGAAAUACAGUGAAAGCGGCGGGCGACGUCUGGGACGAUCGCGUGUAACGAUCAUUAGUGUUAGCGAUCGCAUAUCAGUAGGAGAGAAAAACUGUAUACAUCGUAUUUCUGCGAUGUGUUCGCAUCUUGUUGCAACAGUACGAUCGUCGUCGUUAAGGAACUGCUGCGUUCCGUGAUCAGGUGAUGGUGCACGUCCUCGUUCAACGUUGUUUUACGCGACAAUAAUUCGCCCGUUCUCGGGACGGCGAACGCGAUCAGCUGUUGUGACUGUUUCGUCUAAUAUCUAAUAAUCGAGAAUGCCCGUCUCGCGGACUUGGUAUCGAGGAAUAUAAUUUCGUGACAAAUAUAACAACGUUAAUUUCGUGAUACGGAUACGCGAAAAGUGAAAAUUCGACAUAAUCGGAAUUAAAAAUGUUUGUUAAACGUUGUUUUUUUUAAAGCUUAACGCGCAUGUAGAAUUAUGUGCACGAGGUAACGUUGAAUGUCGAAGAUUAUGACGAACAGCGUAAAGAUCUGUCGAUGUUUGUGCAACUCUGGAGUGCACUGUCUCGUUCGGCAUGUACACAUGAUUAUCCGAGUUCAUGCGUUCUGUUAUUGUCCGCGGUGAGCAAACGACGACGAGCGCGGAAGGGAGCUCUCCGCCGCGAGGAGAUCGGCGAACGCAAUCCUCGUCGUUUGUAACCGCCACCGAUCUACAGGGGAUGCCUAGCCUACACUCGCUCGUCGUAAGACGAGCUCCUCUAACUGAUAUGGGUACCGCGACCAGUUCGGUGACUUCCGUCAAUCCGCCCACCAAGAUCACGGCUAAUUCCAAGAAGAUCGACAAGGCUAAAUUUAGCGGCAUCAAGCUACCUCUGAUACGCAAGGAAGCCAGCGUGGUGAAUCUCUCUUUGACAGAGAGAAAUGCACUGGGUAAAGAAGUAGACGCGCCCCUCCUGCGACCCGAAAGCAGCGCAAGCCUGGAAGCACGAGGUGGCAGCUGGAUGAGUCUGGGUCCUGGCGCCCUGAGAAAAUGCGAAACCGCUGUGGGAUUAAGUACCUCAGCUCUGGAAGGAAGACCGAUAAAUCGUAGUAGAGUAUGCUCGCGCUGUUCAAGUUUGUUAUCCCUGGCAUCUAGCUCACGUUACAGCUUGGCUGCUGGUAAUUUCGUUCCUGCAGGUUCGCAACAAACAAUUGGACGAAUAUUUUGUAAAUUAUGUCUUGUCGAUACAUCUCUGUCCAAAACAUUUAAGAUUGAGGGAUGCGGUUGUUCCUAUUGUAAAGAUUGCAUGCGUGCCUAUGUAGAAUUUGAAAUUGAGGAAGGUGCGUAUGAAAUUAGUUGUCCUGAUGCUCAAUGUGAUCAUGGUGCAAUAUUAUCUUUGAAAGAGAUAUCGAGUCUUGUCAGUGUAGAACUUAUGGAAAAACAUUGCAAGUUUCGUUUAAAUAGAGAUGUAUCGAUGGACAAAGGACGUGCAUGGUGUCCACGAGCGGGUUGUGAGACAAUAUGUUCAAUAAACGGCAAUGGUGGAAACAGCACCCCUUUAGGUCCUGUUCACUGUCCCAACUGUUCUACAGAUUUUUGUUCAAUAUGUCGCGAGCCUUGGCACAAUGGACCCUGUUCAGAACUUCCAUUAGGAAUACCGUUUGGUAGUGAUCACAUUAAAUGUUGUCCCAUGUGUUCUGUACCAAUAGAAAAGGAUGAAGGUUGUGCUCAAAUGAUGUGCAAAAGAUGUAAACAUGUGUUUUGCUGGUAUUGCUUAGCGUCCUUGGAUGACGAUUUUUUGUUGCGACACUAUGAUAAGGGACCAUGUAAGAAUAAACUGGGACACUCACGAGCGUCCGUGAUAUGGCAUCGAACACAAGUUAUUGGGAUAUUUGCUGGUUUUGGCCUACUUCUACUUGUCGCAUCGCCCUUGCUAUUAUUAGCGGCACCUUGCAUUGUAUGUUGUAAAUGUCGCGUUUGCGGUUCUUCCAGACUCGAACAGGAAGAAGGCGAUACAGCAACAUAGAACUUUCCAAACUUUUUAACCGAUUUUUGCUUAAUUAUUUCUUUAAAUUAAAAUAAAUUUUUUUCUAGAUUUCUACAUAUGGGAGGUAAUAAAAUUGGCGAUUUAUAUAGAUAUACAUUACAUUUUGUUAAGUUUAUGUUUUAUUUUAUUUUUAUGCGUUAAUAGAUGAUACACAUAAUAUAAAAGGGCAGAAUAUAUAUUUCUUCAAGUCAAGCAUAUUGUGAUUAAUAUAUAUAUAUUUAUGUUUUACUUAGACGUUAUUUGAAUGGAAUAAGAAAUAGUGUGCGCGACUCGUAUCAUUAUAUAUAUCAUAUAAAAUAUUAUUUUCCUGAUAUACACUUAUUUUACAUAGUCACUUAAAUAAUUUUUACAUGAUAAUUUUAUAAAAUUAUGUUUUUAUGAUGCAUAAUAAUUAUGAUUCAAACAAAUUAAUAAUUUGUAAAUAUUCGGAAUUUUUUUUCUUAUGCAAAAACAUUCCAAUAAAUUUAUAUAUAUAUAUAUAUAUAUAUAUAUAUAUAUAUAUAUAUAUAUAUAUCGCACCUCAGAUUUAUUAUACUGCCGCAAAACAUGCUACAAUCGAGUUGUAAAAACAUUAUCCUUGUAAAAUGGUGAUAGCAGUAUGCUGAUUAUUUGAUUCUUCAAUAAUAGAUUAUAUAGCACAUAAUUAAAUUAUACUUAAAUUAUAAUAUAUCUCUUAAAACACACAGUGUGCGUGUAUAUCUAUAUGUGUGUUCGUAUUAAACUAUUGUGCAAGGUUCAGCUCUAUUAUUUUUAGUGAGAAGCGAAUCUUAAUGAUGAAGUAUUAGAUUAUAUAAUAUUCUAUUGUUUUAUAUUUUAAUUUAUGGAUGCUUUCACAUGUUUGUUUUGGUGGUUUGAUCGCAUGUAUAUUACAUGUACAUUAAUUUAGAGAACGCGAGUGAAAAUAGUAAGUAAAAAAUAAUAUUAUACAAAAAAAUAUCAUCAAUUAUGCAUUUUAUUAUUGAAAUUGAAUGAAUGCUAUUGUUAUUAUGUAUUUAACACGUUUGUUAUCGAUCAAUAUCUGAGUUGUACAGUUAAUGUUUGACAUUAAGAAUCUAUAAAUCAAUAUGUGCCAUGUGAUUAUGAGAGUCUAUAGAGAACAUUUUUGAGAUUUGAAAUCUGCAAUGUGCAAUGAAGUAAAUUUGCAUCAAAACGUGUUAACUACAUUCACAAUAAUCAUUUUUAUUAUACAUUAAUAAGUGAGGUUUAGAUUAUUAAAAGUCACAUAUAUGAAAUAAUGAAUAAUUGAAUAAUCAACUUUGGACAAUAGUUAUAUAUGUUAUCUCAGAGAAAAACACGUUCUUAACACAAAUAAUAAUGCUCUUUCUAGAGGGCAGCGAUUAACUAACUUUUAUCUGCCACAUUGGGUUGAGAUACAAGUAGGAUGGAUCAUCCUCUAGAAAGAGCAUAUAUAAUAUCAAGAUAUCAAGAUAUAAAAAAAUAUAUAUAUGUGAUUAUGUAAUAAAUAUAUGUGGUUAGGUAUAUUUUGUACAUAUAAUAAUAGACGCGCUUACAUAAAGAGAUGGUUAGACGAUUUGGAAGUUCGAAACGAUGCAUUUCUCGCAAGUAAUGCGAUAUAGAUAAUUCAGCUGACACAAUGCGUUAUAUGAUACGUAUAAGUUACUGCAUAGCUGGUUUCCACUAUAUAUUUUACAUCAAAAUUGUUAGAAUAUCUCAUUUGUUGUAUUAUUAAUUAAUAUUGUAUGUAAAUACAUAAAAGGACACAUACAGAGUAUGUGUAUGUCCAUACACAUGUAUGUGCAUGUAUAAUUAUGCAUUUGAGUGUGUGUGCACUCGUGUGUCAAAAAUAAAAAUAUAAUGAAAUAAGA